AUGCUUACCGAGCACAAGCAUUAUCCCAAAAUGCGCUUCAAAAUCCUCCCCCUCACUCUCACCCUCCUCACCUUCACCACAACCACCCUCGCCUGUUACCAAACCUCCCGCUGCUCCGCCCCCAACGGCCCCGACAUCGCCGUGCAAUCCAACGGGCACAACGACCCGGAGCACAACCAAGCGCAAUUCACGGUCGCUUUCAAAGACGGUCGGUACGGGCCUGACACGUUUGCGGGCAUGGUGAACCAUCUGAGGUGUGAUGUGGUUGUGAAGAUUAAGAGUCCGGCACAGAAUGAUGCGUUGCAGUGCUGGAUUGUGCCUCCGGGGGAGCAGUGUAAUUUGGAUGUUAGUAUUGCGGGGAUUUGGUGGAGGCAGAGCUGUACUUCGUAG